AUGUACGCGUCUCAGUGGUUCAUCACCGUCUUCGCCUACAGCUUCCCGUUUGCAACAACUCUCAGGAUAUGGGACGUGUUUCUCUUUGAGGGCAUGAAGACAGUGUUCCGGGUGGGACUGGCUCUGCUGAAGCAGCAACAGGACGAUCUGCUGCAGAUGCCGUUUGAGGACCUCGUGCCCGCCCUCAGGACGUAUCCUGACCGCAUCCUGGAGCCAGACACACUGCUCAACGUCGCCUUCUCCUUCAAUGUCUCAGAGCGGCUGAGGGAGCUGGAGGCAGAGUACAAUGCGAUGCAGCACCCACCGCCCAUCACAGGGCCCAAGGCACAUGGGGAGGCGGAGGAGGGGGAGAGGCACGAGGGGCAAGGAGGGGAGGGGCACCAACGGAAAGGUAGGGGUGGGAGAAUGAAAGGGGGAGUGCAUGAGUUAUUAGGCGCUUCAUACAGAUUCAUUGGGGGGGUUGAGGGAGGUAAUUCUUCGCUGCCUCAUGUACAGUCUGCGCAACUUCCUCUGCAAUCUUCCCCUGUUCCUCAUCUUCUCUUUCCCCUGUUCCUCAUCUUCUCUUUCCCCUGUUCCUCAUCUUCUUUCCCCUGUUCCUCAUCUUCUCUUUCCCCUGUUCCUCAUCUUCUCUUUCCCCUGUUCCUCAUCUUCUCUUUCCCCUGUUCCUCAUCUUCUCUUUCCCCUGUUCCUCAUCUUCUUUCCCCUGUUCCUCAUCUUCUUUCCCCUGUUCCUCAUCUUCUCUUUCCCCUGUUCCUCAUCAUCUCUUUCCCCUGUUCCUCAUCUUCUCUUUCCCCUGUUCCUCAUCUUCUCUUUCCCCUGUUCCUCAUCUUCUCUUUCCCCUGUUCCUCAUCUUCUCUUUCCCCUGUUCCUCAUCUUCUCUUUCCCCUGUUUCUCAUCUUCUCUUUCCCCUGUUCCUCAUCUUCUCUUUCCCCUGUUCCUCAUCUUCUCUUUCCCCUGUUCCUCAUCUUCUCUUUCCCCUGUUCCUCAUCUUCUCUUUCCCCUGUUCCUCAUCUUCUCUUUCCCCUGUUCCUCAUCUUCUCUUUCCCCUGUUCCUCAUCUUCUCUUUCCCCUGUUCCUCAUCUUCUCUUUCCCCUGUUCCUCAUCUUCUCUUUCCCCUGUUCCUCAUCAUCUCUUUCCCCUGUUCCUCAUCUUUUCUUUCCCCUGUUCCUCAUCUUCUCUUUCCCCUGUUCCUCAUCAUCUCUUUCCCCUGUUCCUCAUCUUCUCUUUCCCCUGUUCCUCAUCUUCUCUUUCCCCUGUUCCUCAUCUUCUCUUUCCCCUGUUCCUCAUCUUCUUUCCCCUGUUCCUCAUCUUCUCUUUCCCCUGUUCCUCAUCUUCUCUUUCCCCUGUUCCUCAUCUUCUCUUUCCCCUGUUCCUCAUCUUCUCUUUCCCCUGUUCCUCAUCUUCUCUUUCCCCUGUUCCUCAUCUUCUCUUUCCCCUGUUCCUCAUCUUCUUUCCCCUGUUCCUCAUCUUCUCUUUCCCCUGUUCCUCAUCUUCUCUUUCCCCUGUUCCUCAUCAUCUCUUUCCCCUGUUCCUCAUCUUUUCUUUCCCCUGUUCCUCAUCUUCUCUUUCCCCUGUUCCUCAUCAUCUCUUUCCCCUGUUCCUCAUCUUCUCUUUCCCCUGUUCCUCAUCUUCUCUUUCCCCUGUUCCUCAUCUUCUCUUUCCCCUGUUCCUCAUCUUCUCUUUCCCCUGUUCCUCAUCUUCUCUUUCCCCUGUUCCUCAUCUUCUCUUUCCCCUGUUCCUCAUCUUCUCUUUCCCCUGUUCCUCAUCUUCUCUUUCCCCUGUUCCUCAUCUUCUCUUUCCCCUGUUCCUCAUCUUCUCUUUCCCCUGUUCCUCAUCUUCUUUCCCCUGUUCCUCAUCUUCUCUUUCCCCUGUUCCUCAUCUUCUCUUUCCCCUGUUCCUCAUCAUCUCUUUCCCCUGUUCCUCAUCUUUUCUUUCCCCUGUUCCUCAUCUUCUCUUUCCCCUGUUCCUCAUCAUCUCUUUCCCCUGUUCCUCAUCUUCUCUUUCCCCUGUUCCUCAUCUUCUCUUUCCCCUGUUCCUCAUCUUCUCUUUCCCCUGUUCCUCAUCUUCUUUCCCCUGUUCCUCAUCUUCUCUUUCCCCUGUUCCUCAUCUUCUCUUUCCCCUGUUCCUCAUCUUCUCUUUCCCCUGUUCCUCAUCUUCUCUUUCCCCUGUUCCUCAUCUUCUCUUUCCCCUGUUCCUCAUCUUCUCUUUCCCCUGUUCCUCAUCUUCUCUUUCCCCUGUUCCUCAUCUUCUCUUUCCCCUGUUCCUCAUCUUCUCUUUCCCCUGUUCCUCAUCUUCUCUUUCCCCUGUUCCUCAUCUUCUCUUUCCCCUGUUCCUCAUCUUCUCUUUCCCCUGUUCCUCAUCUUCUUUCCCCUGUUCCUCAUCUUCUCUUUCCCCUGUUCCUCAUCUUCUUUCCCCUGUUCCUCAUCUUCUCUUUCCCCUGCUCCUCAUCUUCUCUUUCCCCUGUUCCUCAUCUUCUCUUUCCCCUGUUCCUCAUCUUCUCUUUCCCCUGUUCCUCAUCUUCUCUUUCCCCUGUUCCUCAUCUUCUCUUUCCCCUGUUCCUCAUCUUCUUUCCCCUGUUCCUCAUCUUCUCUUUCCCCUGUUCCUCAUCUUCUCUUUCCCCUGUUCCUCAUCAUCUCUUUCCCCUGUUCCUCAUCUUUUCUUUCCCCUGUUCCUCAUCUUCUCUUUCCCCUGUUCCUCAUCUUCUCUUUCCCCUGUUCCUCAUCAUCUCUUUCCCCUGUUCCUCAUCUUUUCUUUCCCCUGUUCCUCAUCUUCUCUUUCCCCUGUUCCUCAUCAUCUCUUUCCCCUGUUCCUCAUCUUCUCUUUCCCCUGUUCCUCAUCUUCUCUUUCCCCUGUUCCUCAUCUUCUCUUUCCCCUGUUCCUCAUCAUCUCUUUCCCCUGUUCCUCAUCUUCUCUUUCCCCUGUUCCUCAUCUUCUCUUUCCCCUGUUCCUCAUCUUCUCUUUCCCCUGUUCCUCAUCUUCUUUCCCCUGUUCCUCAUCUUCUCUUUCCCCUGUUCCUCAUCUUCUCUUUCCCCUGUUCCUCAUCUUCUCUUUCCCCUGUUCCUCAUCUUCUUUCCCCUGUUCCUCAUCUUCUCUUUCCCCUGUUCCUCAUCUUCUCUUUCCCCUGUUCCUCAUCAUCUCUUUCCCCUGUUCCUCAUCUUUUCUUUCCCCUGUUCCUCAUCUUCUCUUUCCCCUGUUCCUCAUCUUCUCUUUCCCCUGUUCCUCAUCAUCUCUUUCCCCUGUUCCUCAUCUUUUCUUUCCCCUGUUCCUCAUCUUCUCUUUCCCCUGUUCCUCAUCAUCUCUUUCCCCUGUUCCUCAUCUUCUCUUUCCCCUGUUCCUCAUCUUCUCUUUCCCCUGUUCCUCAUCUUCUCUUUCCCCUGUUCCUCAUCAUCUCUUUCCCCUGUUCCUCAUCUUCUCUUUCCCCUGUUCCUCAUCUUCUCUUUCCCCUGUUCCUCAUCUUCUCUUUCCCCUGUUCCUCAUCUUCUUUCCCCUGUUCCUCAUCUUCUCUUUCCCCUGUUCCUCAUCUUCUCUUUCCCCUGUUCCUCAUCUUCUCUUUCCCCUGUUCCUCAUCUUCUCUUUCCCCUGUUCCUCAUCUUCUCUUUCCCCUGUUCCUCAUCUUCUCUUUCCCCUGUUCCUCAUCUUCUCUUUCCCCUGUUCCUCAUCUUCUUUCCCCUGUUCCUCAUCUUCUCUUUCCCCUGUUCCUCAUCUUCUCUUUCCCCUGUUCCUCAUCAUCUCUUUCCCCUGUUCCUCAUCUUUUCUUUCCCCUGUUCCUCAUCUUCUCUUUCCCCUGUUCCUCAUCAUCUCUUUCCCCUGUUCCUCAUCUUCUCUUUCCCCUGUUCCUCAUCUUCUCUUUCCCCUGUUCCUCAUCUUCUCUUUCCCCUGUUCCUCAUCUUCUUUCCCCUGUUCCUCAUCUUCUCUUUCCCCUGUUCCUCAUCUUCUCUUUCCCCUGUUCCUCAUCUUCUCUUUCCCCUGUUCCUCAUCUUCUCUUUCCCCUGUUCCUCAUCUUCUCUUUCCCCUGUUCCUCAUCUUCUCUUUCCCCUGUUCCUCAUCUUCUCUUUCCCCUGUUCCUCAUCUUCUCUUUCCCCUGUUCCUCAUCUUCUCUUUCCCCUGUUCCUCAUCUUCUUUCCCCUGUUCCUCAUCUUCUCUUUCCCCUGUUCCUCAUCUUCUUUCCCCUGUUCCUCAUCUUCUCUUUCCCCUGCUCCUCAUCUUCUCUUUCCCCUGUUCCUCAUCUUCUUUCCCCUGUUCCUCAUCUUCUUUCCCCUGUUCCUCAUCUUCUUUCCCCUGUUCCUCAUCUUCUUUCCCCUGUUCCUCAUCUUCUUUCCCCUGUUCCUCAUCUUCUUUCCCCUGUUCCUCAUCUUCUUUCCCCUGUUCCUCAUCUUCUUUCCCCUGUUCCUCAUCUUCUUUCCCCUGUUCCUCAUCUUCUUUCCCCUGUUCCUCAUCUUCUUUCCCCUGUUCCUCAUCUUCUUUCCCCUGUUCCUCGUCUUCUUUCCCCUGUUCCUCAUCUUCUUUCCCCUGUUCCUCAUCUUCUUUCCCCUGUUCCUCAUCUUCUUUCUCCUUGCCCUUAUCCUUGCCCUUAUCCUUGCCCUUAUCCUUGCCCUUAUCCUUGCCCUUAUCCUUGCCCUUAUCCUUUCCCUUAUCCUUGCCCUUAUCCUUGCCCUUAUCCUUGCCCUUAUCCUUGCCCUUAUCCUUGCCCUUAUCCUUUCCCUUAUCCUUGCCCUUAUCCUUGCCCUUAUCCUUGCCCUUAUCCUUGCCCUUAUCCUUGCCCAUCCCUUGGCCUGUCCUCCAAUGUGCCCACCACCUCGCCUUCUCCCGUCUCCAGGAUCCCGAUUCCAGCUCCGCCAGAGAAUCAAAUCUGCAUUUUCCCGCCCGCCCAAAGCAUGA